UCUUCAUCCAACCUAUACCCUACUACGUUUAUCGGCCUUUGCAACAACGUGCACUACCGAGCCCCACGGCAACAGAUUCUGCGAUGUGUCACUACACUAUCAAAUUCUUCGAGUGCGACCACAAGACCGACGAUAACGUCAAAGGAUGUUCAUUGUGGGGGCAGACAGGAACACACUGCGACAUCGAUAACCCGGUGGUAAGAAAGCGGAGAGACUGCAGCAUCCGCAGUGAAAACUUCACGGGACCAUGUCCUCGAUGCGAAAGUCGAGAGCGCGCACAAAUCUUGAGAGAUCAAGAACAUCGUACGCGCAUCGAGAAGGAGCAGGGAGUAGAGAGGACGCGCAUUGAGAAUGAAAAAGAGGAGGCUCGUGCUCGUAAGCAGAAACAAGAGGAGAAGCGAGCGGUCUUCGAGAGAGCACGCGAAGAAGAAUUACUACGAAUGGACUUGGAGAAAGCUAGACUUGCGGACCAGGAAGAGCAACGUAGGAACGCGGAGGCACACGAGGCUCACUUAAGGCGGGUCCAAGAAGAACCCGAUGCAGCAUGGCGGGCUGAACACGAGUACAAGGAUUUCACUGAGACCCACACUUCGAUCACUCAUACCAAGACUACUUACACGACCACAACAAUCGGAGAGAGCUCUUCACCGUCACCACCUCCGCCUCCGCCUCCGCCUCCACCACCACCACCGCCGCCGCCGCCGCCGGCUCCAGCAGUCCCAUUAUUAGAUUUCUCUCAACCGCCCAAGGAACAGAGUUACGGUCAUCACUUCAUCGGUACGCGUCGCCAACCCGUCCAUGCCUCACAGAAGCUAGCAGCCGAGCACCCCCUCUCUCCAACUGCUCCUUUUACGCUUCGAAGUCCGCAGACUCUGGUAAGACUCCCAACUGCCGUCAAGCCUUCCCCUCAAUCAUCGCCGUCAUCUACUAGUGGCCUUUCAGGUUUGUCUCCGGGUCGUCAGAAGCUUCGUUCGCGCCCGCCUCCAAAGGAAGCGCCACAGGGCGAUUUCGCGAGCGAGUUGCAAGCAACGUGGAACCGAAGGGGUAUCAGGCACGAGACUGAUGAGGAUGAUGACGAUGGCAUUACUACUGCUUCGAUUUCGCCGUCGGAGUCGGCUUCUCAAAUUGGUGGUGAGGCUCCGAAGGGAUGGAGGGGAUAGCAGUUAUUUGAAGAUAGGUUUGAGUGUCUGUAGUUGGGAGAAGCGAGAAGCGAUAGG